CCUCCCUCGCUCGCUGCUUCCCUCGCUCGCUCCCUCCCCGCCUCCUCCCGCAGCCCCACCACGUAGGAGUUCGGAUUCUCCACCCGAAUCGUCCUGAUUUCCCUUUGCCUCUCUUUUGGAAACGAGAGAGGUGGAGGGAGGCCACCAGGCUGCAAAGGAGAGAGAGGCCCGCCAAGUCUGCCCGCCUGCAAAGUGUUGCUUUGACACAUCCUCAUUAUGGAAGUUAAGUAAAAAUAGAUACAUAUUAAAAAAUAACUCCGGACGUGGAUUGCUACGGAGAAGGAAUCCGGGGGACAGAAAACCAGUAGGCAGGCCCAUGGUUUUUCGGCAGCGUGCUGGCAAGUUUGUGGAACACUUUCUAGGAAUUAGGUCUUUUCCUCCCCCUUCAUCAUCUUGACUUCUGAAGAAAGAACUUGGCUUUGGAUUGCAGUGGAGCCUAAGGAGAGAGGGUUAGACACACUUGAAUCAUCCCUCUGGCUGGGCUGCGUUUGCGGGAAUUUAGGAAGCCAGACAGAGUGUUGGAAAUACAGCAGCCUUCGAAGUGCCCUCUGUUAAUUUGGAUGGAUCUAAACGUGCCCCGUUCAAGACCUCUCCACCGGCCCCUUCUGAUCUUGCGAUUUGCUCUUCUUGACUUUAAUUAGUAUCUAGGAAAGUCUAAACUUUGGACCUACCUCUUUUUUUGAUACUUAUUUUUGUACUUUUGCUCUCUGGGAUUGGUUUCUUAAACAACCUGGAUCCUUUUUAAUAUGUCAAAAUGAGUCUGCUGAUGUUUACACAACUAAUGCUCUGUGGAUUUUUAUAUGUUCGGGUUGAUGGAUCGCGUCUUCGCCAGGAAGACUUCCCCCCGCGGAUUGUGGAGCACCCUUCUGAUGUCAUCGUCUCGAAGGGAGAGCCCACGACUCUCAACUGUAAGGCGGAGGGCCGGCCAACGCCCACCAUUGAGUGGUACAAGGAUGGGGAGCGAGUGGAGACUGACAAGGACGAUCCCCGGUCCCACAGGAUGCUUCUGCCCAGCGGAUCCUUAUUCUUCUUGCGCAUCGUGCAUGGGCGCAGAAGUAAACCUGAUGAAGGAAGCUACGUCUGUGUUGCAAGGAACUAUCUUGGUGAAGCAGUGAGUCGAAAUGCAUCUCUGGAAGUGGCAUUGUUACGAGAUGACUUCCGACAAAACCCCACAGAUGUUGUAGUGGCAGCUGGAGAACCUGCAAUCCUGGAGUGCCAGCCUCCCCGGGGACACCCAGAACCCACCAUCUACUGGAAAAAAGACAAAGUUCGAAUUGAUGACAAGGAAGAAAGAAUAAGCAUCCGUGGUGGAAAACUGAUGAUCUCCAAUACCAGGAAAAGUGACGCAGGGAUGUAUACUUGUGUUGGUACCAACAUGGUGGGAGAAAGGGACAGUGACCCAGCAGAGCUGACUGUCUUUGAACGACCCACAUUUCUCAGGAGGCCAAUUAACCAGGUGGUACUGGAGGAAGAAGCUGUAGAAUUUCGUUGUCAAGUCCAAGGAGAUCCUCAACCAACUGUGAGGUGGAAAAAGGAUGAUGCAGACUUGCCAAGAGGAAGGUAUGACAUCAAAGAUGAUUACACACUAAGAAUUAAAAAGACCUUGAGUACAGAUGAAGGCACCUAUAUGUGCAUUGCUGAGAAUCGGGUUGGAAAAAUGGAAGCCUCUGCUACGCUCACCGUCCGAGCUCGCCCUGUUGCUCCCCCACAGUUUGUGGUUCGGCCAAGAGAUCAGAUUGUGGCUCAAGGCCGGACGGUGACAUUUCCCUGUGAAACGAAAGGAAACCCACAGCCAGCUGUUUUCUGGCAGAAAGAAGGCAGCCAGAACCUACUUUUCCCAAACCAACCCCAGCAGCCCAACAGUAGAUGCUCAGUGUCACCAACCGGAGACCUCACAAUCACCAACAUUCAACGUUCCGAUGCGGGUUACUACAUCUGCCAGGCUUUAACUGUGGCAGGAAGCAUUUUAGCAAAAGCUCAGCUGGAGGUUACUGAUGUUUUGACAGAUAGACCUCCACCUAUCAUUCUACAAGGCCCAGCCAACCAAACACUGGCAGUGGAUGGCACAGCGUUACUGAAAUGUAAAGCCACUGGCGAUCCUCUUCCUGUAAUUAGCUGGUUAAAGGAGGGAUUUACUUUUCUGAGUAGAGAUCCAAGAGCAACAAUUCAAGAGCAAGGCACACUGCAGAUUAAGAAUUUGCGGAUUUCUGAUACUGGCACUUACACUUGUGUGGCUACAAGUUCAAGUGGAGAGACUUCCUGGAGUGCAGUGCUGGACGUGACAGAAUCUGGAGCAACAAUCAGUAAAAAUUAUGAUUUAAAUGACCUGCCAGGGCCACCAUCCAAACCGCAGGUCACUGACGUUACUAAGAACAGUGUCACCUUGUCCUGGCAACCAGGUACCCCUGGAACCCUUCCAGCAAGUGCAUAUAUCAUUGAGGCUUUCAGCCAAUCAGUGAGCAAUAGCUGGCAGACCGUGGCAAACCAUGUAAAGACCACCCUCUAUACUGUAAGAGGACUGCGGCCCAAUACAAUCUACUUAUUCAUGGUCAGAGCGAUCAACCCCCAAGGCCUCAGUGACCCAAGUCCCAUGUCAGAUCCUGUGCGCACACAAGAUAUCAGCCCACCAGCACAAGGAGUGGACCACAGGCAAGUGCAGAAAGAACUAGGAGAUGUCCUUGUCCGUCUUCAUAAUCCAGUUGUACUGACUCCCACCACUGUUCAGGUCACAUGGACGGUUGAUCGCCAACCCCAGUUUAUCCAAGGCUACCGAGUGAUGUAUCGUCAGACUUCAGGUCUGCAGGCGACAUCUUCGUGGCAGAAUUUAGAUGCCAAAGUCCCGACUGAACGAAGUGCUGUCUUAGUCAACCUGAAAAAGGGGGUGACUUAUGAAAUUAAAGUACGGCCAUAUUUUAAUGAGUUCCAAGGAAUGGAUAGUGAAUCUAAAACGGUUCGUACUACUGAAGAAGCCCCAAGCGCCCCUCCACAGUCCGUCACUGUACUGACAGUUGGAAGUUACAAUAGCACAAGUAUUAGCGUUUCCUGGGAUCCCCCUCCUCCAGAUCACCAGAAUGGAAUUCUCCAAGAAUACAAGAUCUGGUGUCUAGGAAAUGAAACACGAUUCCAUAUCAACAAAACUGUGGACGCAGCCAUUCGGUCUGUAAUAAUCGGUGGAUUGUUCCCAGGUAUUCAAUACCGGGUAGAGGUUGCAGCUAGUACCAGUGCAGGGGUUGGAGUAAAAAGUGAGCCGCAGCCAAUAAUCAUCGGGAGACGCAAUGAAGUUGUCAUUACUGAAAACAAUAACAGCAUAACUGAGCAAAUCACUGACGUGGUGAAGCAACCGGCCUUUAUUGCUGGUAUUGGUGGUGCCUGCUGGGUAAUUUUGAUGGGUUUUAGCAUAUGGUUGUAUUGGAGAAGAAAGAAGAGGAAGGGACUCAGUAACUAUGCUGUUACGUUUCAAAGAGGAGAUGGAGGACUAAUGACCAACGGAAGCCGUCCAGGUCUUCUAAAUGCUGGUGAUCCCAGCUAUCCAUGGCUUGCUGAUUCUUGGCCAGCCACAAGCUUGCCAGUAAAUAAUAGUAAUAGUGGCCCAAAUGAUAUUGGAAAUUUUGGCCGUGGAGAUGUGCUGCCGCCAGUUCCAGGCCAAGGGGAUAAAACAGCAACGAUGCUCUCGGAUGGAGCCAUUUACAGCAGCAUUGACUUCACCACCAAAACCACUUACAACAGUUCCAGCCAGAUAACACAGGCCACCCCAUAUGCCACGACGCAGAUCUUGCAUUCCAACAGCAUACAUGAAUUGGCUGUCGAUCUGCCUGAUCCACAGUGGAAAAGCUCAAUUCAGCAAAAAACAGAUCUGAUGGGAUUCGGUUAUUCUCUACCUGAUCAGAACAAAGGUAACAACGGUGGGAAAGGUGGAAAAAAGAAGAAAAAUAAAAACUCUUCUAAACCACAGAAAAACAAUGGAUCCACUUGGGCCAAUGUCCCUCUACCUCCUCCCCCAGUGCAGCCCCUUCCUGGUACAGAGCUGGAACACUAUGCGGCAGAACAACAAGAAAAUGGCUAUGACAGUGAUAGCUGGUGCCCACCAUUGCCAGUACAAACUUACUUACAUCAAGGUCUGGAAGAUGAACUGGAAGAAGAUGAUGAUAGGGUCCCAACACCUCCUGUCCGAGGCGUGGCUUCUUCUCCUGCUAUCUCCUUUGGACAGCAGUCCACUGCAACUCUUACUCCAUCCCCACGGGAAGAGAUGCAACCCAUGCUGCAGGCUCACCUGGAUGAGUUGACAAGAGCCUAUCAGUUUGAUAUAGCAAAACAAACAUGGCACAUUCAAAGCAAUAAUCAACCUCCACAGCCUCCGGUUCCACCAUUAGGUUAUGUGUCCGGAGCCUUGAUUUCUGAUUUGGAAACAGAUGUUCCAGAUGAUGAUGCUGACGACGAAGAGGAAGCUUUAGAAAUCCCCAGGCCCCUGAGAGCGCUGGACCAGACUCCUGGAUCCAGUAUGGACAAUCUAGACAGCUCGGUGACAGGUUCAAUGGUAAAUGGAUGGGGCUCUGCAUCUGAUGAGGAUCGUAACUUUUCUAGUCAUAGAUCUAGUGUAGGUAGCUCCUCCGAUGGCUCUAUCUUUGCCAGCGGCAGUUUUGCACAAGCACUGGUGGCAGCAGCAGAUAAAGCUGGUUUUAGGCUGGAUGGAACCAGCCUUACAAGAACAGGAAAAGCCUUUACCUCCUCUCAAAGACCUCGACCUACCAGCCCAUUUUCUACUGACAGUAACACCAGUGCAGCCGUGAGUCAAAGUCAGAGGCCUCGGCCCACUAAGAAACACAAGGGAGGGCGGAUGGACCAACAACCAGCAUUGCCUCAUCGAAGGGAAGGAAUGACAGAUGAGGAGGCCUUGGUGCCCUAUAGCAAGCCCAGUUUCCCAUCUCCAGGCGGCCACAGCUCAUCAGGCACAGCUUCUUCUAAGGGAUCCACUGGACCUAGGAAAGCUGAGGUGUUGAGAGCAGGCCACCAGCGCAAUGCCAGCGACCUUCUUGACAUAGGAUACAUGGGCUCCAACAGUCAAGGACAGUUUACAGGUGAAUUAUAGUAACUGAGAGGAGACAUACAAAGCUGCUCUGAAGGACCACCAGGUCCGAACUCAUGGAAGUGAUGACACUAAACAGUGCAAUGAACAAUUUCUUUAUUUAUGUACUAUUAAAAGAACUGUAAAUGCAAUGUAAAGACACACAGCCACACAUAUCCCACAGAUAUUUUAAUUGUGUUCUUCUCUUAAGUACACCACCCACCUUAACUCUUUCUUGUCAGGAGUAUAUAAAAAAGAAAGAAAACAAAACUCGCCCUACAGGAAGAAAAGGAUUUUCCUCUGUAUAUAAUUUCUUUUGUGCAUUGCUAUGCAAGCUCACUCUUUUUAGCUCUGUUCAUAUUAUUGUCUGUUCUUAUUGGUCUCUUGUACUAUAUGUGAAUUAAUAGGCUGUGGUGCCAUAUAUUAACUUUUAAUUGUGUAACUUUUAUGUUUAAAUUUUGCACUGCAAUUUUAUUUGGUGAUAAGCACAAGUCUCUACUCCUCGUGACAUGAAGAAAAAGACUGAAUGUGAAGGGAGUUUCUGUACUGUAAGCUAGAUUGGAUAAUGAUGGUUGUAACAAAUCAUGUUAGAUGGUUUUCAGUUGGGGCGUAGAAAUAGGAAGAUGCAAAGGAACAAUGGUGUUGGCAAAGUCUUCUUUGAAUAUCAGGGACUGAGUCAAUAAAAAAUAGUAGAAAGGUGGCUUUUACUAUUGACAAAAGCAGGGGUCAAAAAAAGUAGUUUGUCUUAAGACUGAAUAUGCAUUAAAGUAUGCAGGUAGCAAAGAUGUAAUAAAUUUGCUUAAAAAAAGAAAUUAAAGUUUUAUUUAGAAUCCAUUUUGCCUGUCAUUGUAAUUGACCCAUCUGAGAAUUACAAUAAGCAAGAGGAAAUUAAGGUGUUUUGCAAGAGCUGUAUUUAUAUUACAGUUUUUUAAAAACAUUUUCUGAAUUAUCAUAAUUAAGCUCUCCAACUCAUUAAGUCAGAAUGUAAUAUGAAGUUCCCCAAGGAAAUGAACAAAAAUGAACUCUAGAAUAUCUAGCAAAUAGUUAAAGAAGCAAUUUAUUAUUAGGGCAUACUCGGGCUGUUUCCAAAUAUAAACUCUAUUGCAAUAUCUUAUUUCAUCUUUCUAAUACAUGUACAGUACACACUAGAGGAUAGAGCUGCAUCACUUAAAUUCAUGACUUAAAAAAUAAUACAGUCUAUAUACAAUUUGUGUUUUAUUUGAUUAAGAAGUGAAGUUUAUGCCACCCAAUGUAUAGCCAAAUUGUACGUGCUUAAAAAGCAGUGCUGAGAGUAUGUUCAGUUCACAGUAAGUAGAUUUAUUGGAAUAUUUUGUGGUACAUCCUCAGAAAUUGGCUUCCGACUAAAAUACGUUUGACCCAUUUUGAAUAAGGGAAUUGAAAAGUUUAAAAGGAGAAAAAAAAUGCAUGUUUAUAAACUUUUUAAAUAAAACCAGACCUUGUAAGUGGACAUUAAUAAUUGUCCUGCCUCAUUUGUUUUCAUGACUUUGACAACAAGAAGUUCCUGGACAUUGGUCAUGUAUGCUCAGAAUAAAUGUGACUUUGAAAUAUGUGUUAGCUACUGUACAUGUAUAGUCAGUCAAGUAGAAGAGGACCUUCCUGAAAUUCCCACUUGUGACAUUUUCCCAUGUGUUUCCUACACAAUCUUAAAUUUUAUUUCUGUCUAUACUUUCUCAAAUUUUUCCUAUGAUAAGUUCAGUUGUUGGUACUCUUCUAAAAAUGUUCAACGUAAUUAGGAUCAGUUCUAAAAUAUGGGACCCUUCUGAGUGACAAUUCGCACUCCAUGCAUUAUUGGCUCAGUAACCAAUUUAUGUCAUGUCGUUAUAACAAAGGGAUGACAUGAUUAAAUAUUUCCGUCUUUUUUAUUCCCUGAGACUGCAUCAGCACAGGCAAGUAGAGAACGUAAUGUUCUUCAUGGGCCCCACCAGCUUUACGGUACCAUGUAAUUUAUUUCUUCACUGAAGAGAAAAGGAAUUCUGAGACACAGUUAUUAAACCCUUUAUCAACUUUCUACCAUCAGUGCCUGAAUUCUAAUGCAGUGGGAUUUCUCUGGGACAAAGAGACUGAGGAAGAUGAAAAGUUUCUGCCAAGAGUGAAUACAUACUUAUUCACAACUCUAGGAUGUGAGGACUUUAAAGAUCUCUUUAUGCAGUUCCCUACUUAACCUCUUUCUAUUUAAAGGCAAACAAAUUUCGAAGAGGUUUUGUGUUCCCUCUUUGUGUUUCUCUAUGACCCAGUUUAGUCUAAAACCUUAGUUCAUUACAUAUAGAACACAUAGCCUUUGAUCCCUGGUAACUGGCAGGUGUAGGCGAUUAAUAAACCAAGGCUUCAAAGUGAAGUAUGCAUAUGCAGAUGACUUUUGGAAUAAUGUGGGCAUAGCAUCAUACCUUCCUGAUUGUCUUCAGCAUCUAAAAAUUAACUGUUACAGUUAAAAUUCUGUCAGUGCAGACCUUGUGGUUACUUGGAAUGUUCUUUUAGACUAGUCCAUGUUGCCUAUUACACCUAGUUUUAAACACAUUGGGCAGUCACAUUAUGCACUCAAAAUAUCACCCUCAGGUAGAUUGAGGGCAAGAUGAAAUGCUGUAGCUAUACAAAGGAAUUCAGAAACAUUAUUAGAAAUCAAAAGCCUUUGUCAACUUGCUACAUGUAAAAAGCUACUAAUCAGUGUAGUCAGAUGUCAACAGAAAAAUACAAAUACCUAUGAGAGCCACAGCAGUUUUUCAUUUCGUAGCCGAUUCAAUGAAUGUGAUUAGAAAUUCACUGAGCUCACUCUUACAGGUCUACACGGAGGCCUGCAUAAGGACUGCAAAAGGAAAUCUGGGUGGGAGAGAAUGUAAUCUGAUCUUGCACUCAUAGGCAAUGCUGCUAUGUAGUCAUGCCCAACACAAGCACAGCUUCAUUCGUAACAGGAAAAGUCUUCCUUGGGAAAAUAGCUGUAUUGGUGCCCAAACUCAGGUAUGCCAGUGUAUGCAGGUGGAGUCGCCCCACCCCUCUUCCAGACAUGUUCUAUGAGACUUUUAAAAUAAGGUGGGAUAGUACAGGGGCAUGAAAAGAAUUGAUUCCGUCACAGGAUUUGAAUUCAGUUCAAUGGAGAAUGUAGAAAAUUCAAAACCAACAUACAAGGUAUCACACAACCAAGAAAAGUAAAACCAUUGCAAGUUUACUUGCUUUGAGUACAAAACAGAUUUAAUGGUGUUCUCUGUCACAGUUUAAUGCUCUCAGUAUUUAAAGAUGUUUUCAACAGGAUUUGAAUUGCAAGUCUGUAAUGUGCUUUGAUGGAACACCACCCAAUUUCUAUUCAAUAAAUUUAUGUAAUUGUCCAUUGACAAUCUAAUGAUAACAGUACCAUUGAACUCUAAACUGUGGUUUAUCUUCGCUACUGGGAAGCAAGUGUGCAUCUGUAUUAAAGAUAUGCAGAGACAUAACGUUCACUAAUUUGUUCAUCUGCUUCUGUCUAUUGUUUAUGGAAUUACAUGGCAAGAACUGUU